AUGUCACAACCAAUUCUUACCACUAGUAAUGGUGCACCAGUUGAUAAUAACCUCAACUCUGUCACUGCCGGUGUCAACGGCCCAAUCUUGAUUCAAGAUUUCCACUUGAUUGACAAGUUGUCUCACUUUGAUCGUGAGAGAAUCCCAGAGCGUGUCGUACAUGCCAAGGGUGCCGGUGCUCACGGUUACUUUGAAGUCACCAACUCAGACAUUCCAAAGUGGUGUCGUGCCAAGUUGUUCAACAAGGUUGGCAAGAGAACCCCACUCUUUACUCGUUUCUCUACUGUCGGUGGUGAAAAGGGUUCCUCUGACAGUGCCAGAGAUCCACGUGGUUUCGCCGUCAAAUUAUAUACCGAAGAAGGUAAUUGGGAUAUGGUUGGAAAUAAUACACCAGUAUUUUUCAUUCGUGACCCAAGUAAAUUCCCAGACUUUAUUCAUACACAAAAGCGUAAUCCACAAACCAAUUUAAAGGAUGCCAAUGCCUUUUGGGAUUUUGCCAGUUUGUCACCAGAAACUACUCAUCAAUUCACCAUUUUGUUCUCUGAUAGAGGUACACCAAAGACCUAUCGUCACAUGGAUGGUUUCUCGUCACACACACUCAAGUGGGUCAAUGCCGAGGGCAAGGCAUACUGGGUCAAGAUGCAUUUCAAGACCGAGAGUGGUAUCCAAAACCACACUGCCGAGGAGGCCGAGCAGAUGGACUCCAAGGACCCAGACUCUGCCACCCGUGACCUCUUUGAGAGUAUCGCCAAGGGCGGCGAACCAGCCUGGAAGGUGUGGCCACACAAGGACUACCCCCUUAUUCCAAUCGGUCGUAUGGUGUUGAACCGUAACCCAGAAAACUACUUUGCCGAGGUUGAGCAAGCUGCCUUUUCGCCAUCACACAUGGUACCAGGUAUCGAGCCAUCCCCAGACAAAAUGCUCCAAGGUCGUCUAUUCUCCUACCCAGAUACCCACCGUCACCGUCUCGGCGUCAACUACCAACAAAUCCCAGUCAACUGUCCAUACGCCGUCAAGGGUGGUGUCAAGAACUACCAACGUGAUGGUGCCAUGGCUGUCAAUGGCAACCAAGGAAAGGCCCCCAACUACCACCCCAACUCGUUUGGCGGUCCAGACGUCCAACCAGACGCUGCCAUCCACCAAUUCCCAGUCGCUGGCAGUGCCGGUCGUUUCCAAUACCCACCAAGCGACGACUUUGUCCAACCAGGUAACCUCUACCGUCUCAUGGACGAAGGUGCCAAGACCCGUCUCGUUGGCAACAUCGUCGGUCACAUGAAGGGUGUCACUGUCCGUGACAUCCAACUCCGUGCCAUCUCCAACUUUUACAAGGCCGACAAGGAUUACGGUACCCGUAUUGCCAAGGGUCUCGGUAUUGAUAUUAAUGAUGUAGUAAAAUUCUCUUCUAGAUCAAACUUUAAUUAUGAAGAUAAAAAAUAUUGUAUCACUGAAACUAAAUCACAAUGUAUUCCCCAACAAGAUAUUUAUAAAUUUGUAAACUUUAAUAUUGAAGGACCAUUUGACAAUAAUUUAUAUUUUGGGUCGGUAAAGAAUAUUGCCAAUAUUCCAAUGAUGUAUUUUAGUAUAAAGUUAAACAAUGAUAGUGUAGUUGAGGGAAUCAAGAAUAUUUUCUAUGAUGAUGUCGAUGGAUUCCUGUUUGCCAAUCAAACCUUUUCCCAACAUUUCCUACCUGGUCAACAUUAUACAUUCUCAUUUGGUGCUACCAAUUUAAAAACUUACUUUGUUAGUGAAAUUGGUUUUAAUGUAGUUAGAGAAGAAAAAGAAAUGGAAAGAAUUAAAGAAAUUUAA